UUUUUAUGAGUCGGGAUCUGAAAGAAAUAGAAAAUGGCUGCCUCCAUGAUCAGGAAUUUUUCCAAGGGGGCCAGAGUCAUAGCGAGACAUGCUUUCAGACAUCCCACAUGUGUCUACAAUACAGAGAUCCUGGCUCUAUCUGGAAGUCACACAAACUGUACAAAUCUCACUCAGCAGUUCUCUACCCUGAGUCUGGGAAAUACAGACACUUACACAGAGAGGAGCAUGUACAGAACACCUCACUCACAGAGAUCCCUGCUUGAAGUUUGCACACCUUUCAAGACGACAGUCAGAACAAAGAUUCGCUACAGCCGACUCAACAAAGACAAGACUGUCCGUCCUGUGAUUCGACGAUUUUACCGUCUGGACUGGGGGGCCUGGAUCAGAACAAGAUGCGGCCGGGGAAAGAAACGCUACCAAAAAUCCUCAGCACGGAAAAAACGCCUGGAUCAACACGUGUUUUGUAACAAACAACAAAAUAAACUAUUGGACCAACUGGUCACGCCGUUCUGGAGGAAAAAAAUGUACUUUGUGGACGAUCCUUAUGAACCUUAUCACAAGCGACACCAUCUCUCUAGAUAUUUUAAGGAAAAACCUGUAUUUUUACCAUGAUUGUUGAAUGUUGGUUUAUUGAAGAAAAUAAAUUGAUUGUGCUUAUA